CACACAAACACAAAAUCUUACCUAUGAGUUUAUAUACCGCUCAUAUACUUCCUGGAUGUCAGACCAUACGACAGCAUGUGGGUCCACUUACUUUCUGUUGUAGGCUUUUUCAUCUGGAAUAUUAGCGUAACAGACGGACUACCUGAUUGCUGCAAUAUUGAAAGAACAGAUGAUGCUUUGCAAGUCAUGUGUUUACAGUGUCAUCUGCAGGCCAUCCCUCUGGAUGUACCAAAGAAAACAACCUUUCUAGAUCUAAGCUGGAACAAUGUGAAAAGCCUUCUUAGAGAAUCAUUCAAUAAUUUACCAUUUUUAGAACAUCUGACACUUACACGGAACAAAUUGUCACUUAUAUGGUCAGGAGCAUUUGACCAUCUCGUAAACCUGAAGCACCUAGAUCUGUCAUACAACCUGCUGGAUGUAUCCUCAUUUAAAGGAUCUGUAUUUCAACCUUUAAAUAACUUGCGGAUUUUUAGUAUAAAUGAUAACAAAUUCUAUUUGAAAAACACCUUUCCAGAAACUAUUUUUCGGUCUUUGCCACAAAUUGAAAGUCUUUCUAUAGGUUUAUUUGAUGGUUUCAUUUUCGGGAAGGAAUUUUUGAAUUUGACAAAUUUGAAAACUUUGAAGUUUCAUCAAGAUUCGAAACUGUCAAUUAGAAACACAUCAUUCAAAGGACUUGAGAUAAUGAACAUUUCCGAUUUGACAUUUUUUGUAAAAACGAAAGUUUUAGAAAGUAACGCUUUGUAUCCAUUUCAAAACUUGUCAUCCUUGUAUUUGAAUUCGCGCCGAUACAAUGAUAUUCGUUCUGUUUUGCCUAUUAUCUACGGAUUACGCGGGAGAACUAUGGAAACAAUCAGAUUAAGUUACAACUAUGCACGUAAUGCUGGAACUGUCCGUUUAGGGAAAUGGGACAUACGAUUCCUCAGCACUGUUUGCGUGAGGAAACUUAUUCUGUCCGAUAAUGCAAUCGAGAGUAUUAGUAUAGCUGCUGUGUUAUCGUGGACUAGUAGAGGUUGUAUAAAGUAUUUAGAUCUGUCUGGAAACUCUCUUCAUUCUCCUCAGGUCUUUUUUAUUCUGAAACUAUUUCCGUCGAUUCAGCAUUUCGAUUGCUCGUUCAAGAGAUCUGUAUUCUUAAGGAAACGCAGCAAUAUUUUCGAUCAACGCGUGUAUCUUCCAAACAGUCUAGUUUAUCUUAAUUUUACACAUUCCCAAUUAACAAUUUUCGGUUAUGUGAAUUUUGUUGAAAAUAACAAUCUGAAGGUUUUGGACAUCAGUUACCAACAGCCGUCAUUAGAAUGUGGUGGUCGAAUGAAAGGUUUGGAGCACUUAACCGAAUUCGACAUAUCUGGAAUUGAUUGUUCAACGCCACACCCAGAAAUGUUUACUGAAAUGUUAAUGCUUUCAAAACUUAGGGCCAGAGAGAGUCAACUAGGUAAUAGCAGAACUUUUCAUACACGUUCUCUAUUUAAGGGGUUGGACAGUCUCUCUUACGUCGAUCUCUCAUCCAAUCAAAUAGCGAAUCUGAACUCAAACACUUUUAUAGACCAAACAGAAUCGCUGAAAACAAUAGUUCUUGCUGAUAAUAUUAUGGAACGUCUUCCUUUUCAAAUAUUAAAACAACUUAAUGUUUUAGAAAUGUUCGAUAUCAGGAACAAUCGAAUUUCCUCGUUAACCUAUUCAGAAUAUACACUCCUUCAUAACUAUCAAUCAAAGUCAGAUAACUUCACAGUGAAACUUGCUGGUAAUCCUUUAGUGUGUGAUUGUGAAAGCCUGGACUUCAUUUCCUGGAUAGGCACGACUCAGGCUAUAUACGACAAAGACCAACUUGUGUGUGUUCAUAAUAACAUGAAGAUUGUAAAGUUACUGGAAUCAUUUCAUGAAUUUAGAAUUCACUGUGUAUCUCAGUUCUGGCUGACCGUCUCUACCAGUCUUGCAGUAAUUGUUCUAGUGUUUGGUAUUGUCCUCCGACUGGCCUGGCGAUACAGCGUGCGUUUACGGUCGUUGUGCCGUCAACCAGUCGAACAUGACACAUAUCCGUAUGACAUCUUCGUUUCAUACUGCAGAGAGGAUUGCCGAUGGAUACGGGAAUGUUUAGCUACAUGGCUUGAAGGACAUGAUAUCGAAUAUAGUGCCGAGGAUAAAACAUUCGACACUGGGUUGGACUUAUGUGAUAACAUUAUGGGUGCCAUAGAUGAUUCAUAUCAAACUGUGUUUGUAGUCAGCUGUAAAUUCCUUGAAUACGAAUGGCAAACCUUCGCUAUGAAAUUAGCUAGUAGAUAUUCAUUUCGUGAAGGAAGAGAAAAUAUGAAUAUUAUUAUUUUGUUAGAUGACAUGAAACAAAGCGAAUUUCCAAAACUCAUCCGAGACAUCUGGGAUAAAAUACGUCCAUUACAAUGGCCGAAUGAACACAACACCGAUAAAACAAGACUCGGUACAGCAAGGAAGUUAUUUUGGGAAAAGUUAUUGAAACGAAUUCGUAAAGGGAAUAAACGACUUGUCGCAUGUUCACUCGUCGAAUCAACGGUAUAAAAGUGAACAUCACCUACAUUCAUCUCAUCUUUUUACUUUUGAAUAUUGCGGUUCACCUUUUCUUAAACUAGAUACAAUUUGUAAGGUUAUAAGAGAAGCCUUACGCAAGUAAGCAAAUAUUUUGAUCAUUGUAAAUGCUUGGUAAAAGUGAAUUGUAGAAUAUUCAUUCAUAAACUGAAACAUGGAUUAAGAAAAUGAUUCAUGAUCGCUUUGCUCUAUUUGUUGAUUUUAUUAAAUUUUCAUGGAAAUAUACCACAUGUUUAUUCAUAUGGAGCAAAAGUACCGUUAACAAACAUCAUUCUUGGCUGUUACUGCAUUUGAAAUUUACUUUCCUUUAUUUAACUGUUGUUUUAUUUCUUUAAAAUACUUGCGUUUAUCUAAAGGAUUUAAGUAACAUCAUUUAUGAAGGGAAAUCUGGAAGAAAAAUAACAUAAAAGAGUAUGACAAUAAAAUGUGAACUAUUAGAAUAAACAUGUAUCGUUUUUGUAGUUCCUGCCGUAUUAUUUGACUCAUACAGUUUGCACUGAAUGGUGAUUUAGAAUCUCAUAAGAAAUGAAAAAUCAUGUAAUAUUCUCUAUUUAUAAUAAGUAGAAUCAGACUACAUCUGCAAUAUGUUUAAUUAACAAACGGGAGGUCAAUGCUGUGAAUAUAUCACCUGUUGUUUGUUAUAUGCAAUAUAAAUGAAAAAUAGACAACUUUAACACACAAACCGUCACAUAAAUAAACGCAUUACUGUAAUUUGUAUCAUGUCAAGAUAUUUUAUUGACCAGUUAGAUAUGGAGAGAAAAUCAGUUAGAACAAUGCCCUCAAUGAAAAUGUGUUCAGGCGAGAUGUUGAUGUUAAACAAAAAGCCCAAUGUGCCUACAUCGCUCGCCUGGUAUUAAUCUCAAACUUGUUACCUUAAAAGUGGCCCCGGAUCAGAAAUAUUUGAAGGGACUUAAUAAAGCUGCGGGUAAAACAGCAUUACUACUGACUCCUAGCCGUUUAUCAAAAGAUUUUACAAAUUGGUCCCUCAGAUCUUGUAAGUCUAGAAAAGGUGAUUAAGUUGAACAAGCUGUGCAACAUUGCACCUUAGCAUGCUACCAGCUAAAUAUCAUAAACCUAGGACUUUUGUUUCUUGAAAAGAGUUAAUUUACAGGUUUAUAUACAUUAAUUCUAUCCCAGUGACCUUAAAAUGGGUCAAUGUUGUUCAUUUUAACAAAAUUUGUAGCCAUUCAUAUUCAUAUGUUACUGACUAAAUAUCAACAACAUGGGUCUGGUAAUUUAAAAGAGGCCAGUUAACACUUUACACACACAUUAGACUCCAGUGACCUUGAAAGCCGGUUGAGGUAAUUUAUCUGAACAAACUGUAGCACUUCAUCUCUGCAUGCAACUGGCCAGAUACUCACCCUUGGCCUUUUGGGUGUUAAGAACAUUUAUUUAAAGAUUUUGUUAUAUUUGACCCCUAUGACC